AUGUAUUGGGGAGGCAAGGGAGGCACGUAUUGGGGAGUGGCAGCAGUAUUAGACCAUGAAGCUAUUGCGGGCCUUACGGGUAGCAAACCAAGCGGGCUCCGAGGUCGCAGCUCCAGUCGUGCAGAUGACACGCCAGAACAUUCUCUCGAUAGUCUCAUGAAGGCUAUGAACCAAUUUGUACGAGUUCUUACACAACACGCUGUGGACCCGGAGCUGGUUAAACAGAUAUUUCGUCAAGUGUACUACUUCCUCGGUGCGAGUGCACUCAACAAUCUCCUACUCAGGAAGGAGAUGUGUAACUGGUCCAAAGGCAUGCAGAUACGGUACAACCUAUCCCACAUGGAACAAUGGUUACGUGAUAACAAACUCCAGGAAUCAGGUGCGGGUUCCAGCCUGGAACCCAUCGUCCAAGCCUCCCAGCUUCUUCAGGCACGAAAAACCGACGCUGACGUGGACAGUGUGUGUGACAUGUGCUCCAAACUCACUGUUCCCCAGAUUGUCAAAAUCCUGAACCUCUACACGCCAGUGGACGAGUUUGAGGAGCGGGUUCCAAUAUCGUUCAUACGCAAAAUUCAGCAGAAGUUGAAAGAACGUGUAAACACUGACAAUUCCCUCCUUAUGGACCUGAAAUUCUCGUAUUCUGUUACAUUCCCGUUCACCCCUUCCAAAAUCAUCCUAGAAACCAUAGAAGUCCCUGAACAACUGCAUAUAAACAAGCUUGUUUCAAGAUGUUAGCUUGUAACUUACAAGCUCUCGUGAUUCAUUAAGUGUGUAGCUAUGGUAAUGAUAAAACUGGACCAAUAGCAAAAUAAAAGUUUAGCCAAUGAUAUGCCGAAACAACUGCAGAUGCUAGCUUGCCAGUUGCCAUGUUUUAUAUAAAAUUGUAGCAAUUGUGAUGCUAUGUUGUACCAAUGAAAAGUUAUAGUAAUGGUAAACUACACUUAACCAUGGUAAUGUUAAAUUGUACCAAUUCUUAAAAUAACAUUGUAUCCAUGGUGACCUUCUAGCUACAUGUAAGAUAUGAAUGGCUUAUUUAAGGUGUAGCCUUAGCUAUGGCAAGCUGUAGCAAUGUCAAAUAUGAAAGUUGUAGUUGCCAUCGUUAAGUUUUGUUGUAAAAUGAAGAUAAAUUACAUGUUUUCGAAUCACAUUUUUUUGAUGGAUUGAUAUUAUUUUGACACUUAACCAUGUUUCAAUGAUAAUGGUCAACUUUUUUACCUAUACUCAUGUGCACUAUAGAUCCAAGGAUGAUUUUAUCUAUUGGAUGAAAGCUUUUCCACUUUUUCUGUAAAUCCUAAAUCACCUUAGAAAUACAUUUAGCUGUGCACACUGCCAUAAGUGUAUGUAAACAGUUGUCUCAUUUAAUGAAGUCAGCCUAGGAUUGGAUAAAGAUUUUUUUUAUAUAGCAGAAUUGAUUCUAUCAUUGUUGUACAUUAUAUCAUUUUUAAGUUGGUAGCAAAAAGAACUUUAUUCAAUAACUUUAUUUAAAUAAAUAAAGAGGCAAUGAGUUCAUUGUUUAUCUCAUGCAUGUUGUUAAGUGAUGCUGUUUCAUUCCAACCCCAAAUCUCUCUCCCAGUGAUCCCAUCGGAUAGUGUAGUAAAUGUCUUCUUAUCACAGCCAUGUGAUUUUGUAUGCCAAUGUGAAAAGUCAUGCUGAUAUUCAUGGCUUUGUUGAUAGUCAUAUUGUGAUGUGUUAUCAUGAGUGGUUAUUUAUUGCAUGCUGAUCAGUAAGUAUAAGUGAAAAUAUAAUCUUUAUAUCACA